AUUUACAAUUUUAUAUACAGUACUGCAAUUUUUUGUCUACAAUGGAUAGCACGUAGUCCGUAGAUGAUAAAAUAUGUUAUUAUGUUAUGUUAUAUGUUACGAUAAAGUAUGCUCUGUUAUUUUUGACAAAGGCAUUGUUACGCCUCUGAAAUACUCGUAUAUAUAUCCCGGGUUCUUCACAAUUUUCUAUCAUGGACGAAAGUACGGAGUACAAAAUCGUGGGCAGGGCCCCUGUGGAUGCGGUGGGCGCGAUGCCGCCGUAUGAGGCGCUGUUGGCCGAGGCCAGUCAAAUCAGCUAUCACAACACUGUCGUUGUCCGCAGCCGCGACGACACUUGGUGGUUGGGAUACAUUCAGGAUAUUGACGGUGAGCAAGCCUUUAUUCAUUUCAACUGCACACUAGUCGCGGCUCACUGGGUGCACAUGAGCGCCGUCUGGCCUCUGCCGUACUACUGGGACACCGAGCUGGCCAGUAAAGGUCACCACAACAUUCCGGUGUUCGCGGCACUGCGUGAUGACGAUGACGGACCGUUCCGUUUCCGGCCAGCCGUUCUGCUGGACGUAUUGUGCAAUUACGGAGUUUUAGAACAACACUUGACAUUUGAAGGAAAUACUACAACCGAUUAUCAGACAUCGAUGCUGUUCUUUUUCCCAGUUUCUAUCAUGGACGAAAGUACGGAGUACAAAAUCGUGGGCAGGGCCCCUGUGGAUGCGGUGGGCGCGAUGCCGCCGUAUGAGGCGCUGUUGGCCGAGGCCAGUCAAAUCAGCUAUCACAACACUGUCGUUGUCCGCAGCCGCGACGACACGUGGUGGUUGGGAUACAUUCAGGAUAUUGACGGUGAGCAAGCCUUUAUUCAUUUCAACUGCACACUAGUCGCGGCUCACUGGGUGCACAUGAGCGCCGUCUGGCCUCUGCCGUACUACUGGGACACCGAGCUGGCCAGUAAAGGUCACCACAACAUUCCGGUGUUCGCGGCACUGCGUGAUGACGAUGACGGACCGUUCCGUUUCCGGCCAGCCGUUCUGCUGGACGUAUUGUUUGGCUGUCAGUGGGGCUGUCAAAUGUUUUGCAUCACAACGCGUACGGGGACUGGCGUUGCCCACAGCAACGUUCCUCCACGCACAGCCGGUUUGGAGGUGGUCCACGUGCGCCAAGUGGCCAGUGAGCUGCCGCCAUCUGGUCCACCGCUGCUGGAACGCCGCAGCGGUGUGUUCUACACCAAGCACUUUGUCCCAUUCGGCCGUGCCCAAAGCCUUCUGUGCGAGCCUUCCGAUAAACACCGCAUCGUUAGACAUAUAUACGAGGCUAUCCGAGCCAAGCUGGGCUUAACCGCCAAUAUGUACGCACCGGACUGUUGCCGGUUUCAUCUGCGCAUCGAAGAGGACGGUUGCAUGUUUGUCUUCGUCAGUCUCGCAACGGAUGUCGAUCCGGACGCGCAGCCGACGCAGACGCAGACGCACUGGCUGGCCGGCAGCCUGGCGACAAUCCUGGAAACACAUCUGGCCAGCCGCGCUCAUCUACCGCCUAUCCACAAGGACCACAACCAAGCGGCAACUGCAAAUCGUCAAGUCUUCUGUGAAAUCGGUGUACCAGAGGAUGCAGUGACGUGGCCGGCCCGCAUCCGGGAUUUGACGCCUUCCCUGCUGAGCGACAUCUUGUCGCAUUUGGACUUGCAUUCACGCAUGAAAGCCAAACGGGUGUGUGCCCUCUGGCAGUUGCUGUUGAGCAGCUGUGGAAUGACGGAACACGUCAGCAUCUCUUUCGAAAGCUGCUGGCACCUCCAAGCCGACGGCGAUUACUGCCUGCUCCAGACGGACAACGACAACUGCUUCCGCGCGGCCUCACUGCUCAGCCGCUCCAUCAGCACAACGACCAUCAGCCUCACUCUCCUGACACUUUUCCCCCCGCAUGACUCUGCAUUUUUGAGGCCGCUGUUGCGUGCCAUGGAAAUUAGGCUGCCUUUACUGGUGCUCAAGGACCACGUUAUAAUUAACGGUGAAGCAAGGGGAUUUCAACGACACAAACGGUCGCGUUUAAAGCACGCCGAGUCAAAUAUUAUAACGCUGUACAAGCACAAUGCCAACUUUGUUUGCCUGCACAACUGGAAAGUGUCGCAGCUUUUCGGUCAGCAAAUGCACGAAGUCUUUGUGGGCAAUAUUUACUACAAACCUCAAGCCGGCGUGACCACUUGUUCCCUGCCGGCGCAUGAACGGGAGUGGAUGGUGCCCCUCGCAUGCCAGUCGCAGGCACCGCAGCUGGCCGUCGACCAACUGCAGAUCACCAUUCCCAAGCUGCUCCUGCCCUGCAGCCGCAAGAUGCGCAUGACCAGUCGCUUCAUGUGCGCCUUAAACGACAACUUCCCGCCGGUCACGCCGGACAUGCUGGCAAAGGUCACGGCCGUUCAUGCGCGCUGGCUGCGCACUCUGACCUAUCCUGAGGAUUGGCAGCGUAUUCGCGACUACCUCUUACUGUACAGCGGAUUUCGUUCGGACGGAAGCCCAACAGUGUGGGACGGCAUCGAUCUGCGGCGUAUGGAUGUUUCCACAUGGAGCAAAAUGGCCAUAUACGGAAUUAACGAGGUGUUUCGAGUGUGA